AUGGAGCAGAGGCUUUCUAAUUCAUGGCGAAUGACAGUGAAUGAGAAGAAAUUCAUUGAGACGGCGCUGCUGUCGGAUCUCAGGAUCGAUGGCCGCGGUCCUUUUGAUUAUCGGAACUUGACAAUUCAGUUUGGUAGCGGGGAUGGCUCAUCCGAGGUACAAUUGGGCCGAACUCGGGUAAUGGGAUUUGUGACCUCACAUCUGGUGCAACCUUAUCGAGACCGCCCGAAUGAAGGAACUCUCUCCAUAUUUACCGAAUUUUCUCCAAUGGCCGAUCCCUCAUUUGAAGUAGGGCGUCCUGGGGAAUUUGCAGUGGAGUUGGGACGCAUAAUUGAUCGCGGGUUGAGGGAAAGCAGGGCAGUGGAUACAGAAUCCCUUUGUGUUAUUGCUGGUAAAUGGGUGUGGUCUAUUCGUAUUGAUCUUCACAUUCUAGAAAAUGAUGGGAAUCUUGUGGAUGCUGCCAAUAUUGCUGCUUUGGCUGCUCUUAUGACUUUCAGAAGGCCAGAGUGCACAUUGGGAGGAGAAGAUGGUCAGGAAGUUACCAUACAUCCCACUGAAGUGAAGGAACCACUUCCUUUGAUUAUCCACCAUCUACCUAUAGCAGUAACCUUUGCAUUUAUUGGGGCCGAGAGCACCGUGGUAAUUGACCCGUCACACUUUGAAGAAGCUGUUAUGGGAGGAAAACUGACUGCUACUCUCAAUACAAAUGGUGAUGUCUGUGCUCUUCAGAAAGCUGGAGGAGAAGGCGUCAUCCAGAGCGUUAUUAUGCAAUGCUUGCGAAUUGCAUCUGUAAAGGCUGGUGAUAUAACAACCAAAAUAAAGAAAGGGGUUGAAGUGUACAACUCAGCAAGAGCUUUGAAAAAGAUCAAACGGCACCCUUGUUCUGUUGGUGUGAGUCAAGAUGCUUCGAAGGGAGUUGGUAAUUUAUCAAAGGAAAUGGGAAAGCAUGAAAUGAAAGCAGAUGAUACAAGUACGAAAGAGGACAUGGAAAUUGAAAUCCAUUCAUCUAAAAAUGAUGAAAGCAGUUUGGGGGAUGUCAUACCUAAAGCUUUUAUUGGCGGGCAUUCUAGCUGGGAUCCAUAUUCUGAGGGUGUCAGUGUUGAUGAAUUCAAGGCAUCUCUAGCUUCGAGAGCUGCAGUAAACCCGGAAAAGAAGAUGGAUAUACUAUCACCUGAAAAUCCAGAGACUGAUAAACCCCUUAGAGGUCAGGAUCUGUCACUUCCGUCACAUGAUACUGAUGACGCUCAACAACAGACGAUCAAAGAUAAGACGUUAAAGGAUGCCUUGAAGUUGAAGCGUAAGCACAAAAGAAAAAUGAAGAAUUUGAGGGAUACUGAUGGGAGUUAG